UUUGAACUGUCAAAAAUAGUCGUCUGAUUUCCCGCAACUUUCCACUCACGCGUGCUAAAUCGUCUAAACAAUUGAAAGUGUUCCGGUCGCGUUCUGCUUUUUUUCGAUAUCAGAGUAUUUUUUGUCCAGUAUGAAGUUUGUACAUAAUAUUUUGAGCAGAAAUUUUCGUAAUUCACUACUAGAAGUAUCAUCAAAAAUUAUCGUCCUUCCAAAUGCCUCAUACAUCAGGUCCGCAAUAGAGCUCUCGGAGGUUGGAAAAUUAGAAACACCUAAAUUGCAAGGGAAAUAUGAAACGGGACAACUCAUUUUUCAUCGAGUAUUCGGGUACCGUGGUGUAGUUUUGUUUCCUUGGCUCGCACGAGUUUACGACAGGGAUGUGCCUAGCAAGAAAGAAGGAUCUGAUGAUGGAAAGUUUACCAGUGUGAGCAAAGAAGUUAAAGGGAGAAUGCAUACUUUCUAUCAAGUCCUAAUCGACCAGAGGGAUUGUCCUUACAUCAGAGCACAAACAGAGGCCGUCACAUUUUUGGGAAAUCACGAAAGUAGUCGUAGUCUGUACGCAAUUCCUGGGUUGGACUAUGUUGCACAUGAAGAUAUAUUGCCAUACUCUACAAACGAGAAAGCAGCAUUGCAGCACGAGUUGUUUGACAAAUUUUUAGUCUACCACCAAGAUAGAGACCCACCAUUUAUAGCACAGGAAACACUAAGGGCAUGGCAGAAGAAGAAUCAUCCCUGGUUAGAGUUAUCCGACGUUCACAAAGAGACCACAGAAAAUAUCAGAGUCACAGUAAUACCCUUUUAUAUGGGAUGCAGAGAGAGCCAAACAACCGCUGUAUAUUGGUGGCGAUAUUGUAUUCGCUUGGAAAAUUUGGGGGACAUGAGCGUGCAACUUCGAGAACGACAUUGGAGAAUAUUCAGUUUGUCAGGAACUCUAGAAACUGUGAGAGGGAGAGGAGUUGUGGGUCAAGAACCGGUCUUGUCAAAAACCUUACCAGCUUUCCAGUACAGCAGUCAUGUUAGUUUGCAGGCUCCCAGUGGCCACAUGUGGGGUACGUUUAGAAUGGAACGGGAAGACGGUUACGCGUUUGAUUGCCGAAUACCUCCGUUCUCUUUAGAAUCUAAGAGUGAAGAACCACCAACUCCGAAUGCUGACUUGUAAGCAACAACGGUUACCCAUACUAGGUAUAUGACUAUAAAAAAAAAAUCGAACUCGAAAAUAAAUGUUGAUGUUUGCUGCUUAGAGCAUGACAAAUUCCGCAUAAUGGCUCCCAUAUUGGGUAGUUAAUUGAAGUUCUGUGAAUCACACCCCCCUGUGAAUAUUAUUUGUAUAUAUUAUUGUAUUUAAGAGAUGAAAAAUGAAUCAAUAUUCUUUAUUCUUAACCAGUGAUUGAAGAUUGAGAAAAAACUAACACGAAGCUCAUAACUCAAAUCAUACAUCACAAAAUUUUGUCCACAAUACCCACCAAUACGACACACUGUCUAACAAUUCAGUAUGAAUACAACAAUAUUCGUAAACCCUAAAUUUUUUAAAUCUCAUUUUUAGUGGCAUAACAAUUGUAACAUGUCAUCAGUACUGGUAUCUCAAUAAAAUUAAUAAGACUUGA